UAGUUUUUCAGGAGGAUACCUAAUAUGUAAUUAAUACAACGAUGACGUCACACGCGCUGAAAGUGGACAAUUGGUCGCAUUGCACCACGCCUUCUGAUCGGAAUCCCCCACAGCUGGUGUCGGUGAAGGUCGGAUGCUUCCACAUCAAUCCCGCUUCUGUACGCGGCCGGCGUCUAUUUCUGCUGCAAAUGGUCGUGCUGUGCUUUGUGCCGCACGCAGCUCUCAUCCUGCAGAACUGCUCCAUCAUGGCUCAGCUUUCGCAGACCUUCGACUCUUCAAUGUUUCUGGACAACGAGGUAAACAGAACGCUGUCCCUGGGGGAAAUGGUCCUCGCCAUUGAAGAUGAGCGCGUCUACGUUUCCCGGUAUUUAUUCUCAGAACCUGUGUCCACAGAUAUCCUGAAUAAGGCUACGCUGGAGCAAAUAUUUGUCGUGACGAACCGGUGGCUGGCCGACGACCAAUCCCCCGUGCCAGAUCCACUGAAAAUGUCAUUAUACGAUUUUCGGGAGGAAGUUUUGCAUACAUUAACAAAUAAACAAGACUCGUUGAAGAGGAUAUCCAUCUAUCAACAGAUCAAUUCUAUGCUACUCAAUUACAUGAUGAAGAAUGUUAAGUCUACCAAAUCGCCACUGUGGAGAAAAUUCCUCGCAUGCUAUGAGCUAGUGAAAACCAUGGAUGAGAUGUCGGUGACGAUAGCGUUGGUGAAGUCGGUGGAUUCGAACUUCCAAGUUCUGUCACCUCUCCAGCAGCACAUGGGGUCAGUGCUUGAACACAUGCAGUCCACUCUUCAGUACCUGGAGGUGGAGGGAGUCGCGGAUGUAUCCGUAUUGAGAGAGAUCUAUGACUUUUACAAAGCGUCCGAUUUAAUGUUUUUAAACGCAAGUGAAAUCAACACUAACAAAUCGACGGAAGUAUCUAUAAAUUACAUAAGAGAUACGAACUGCUUUUUGGAGAAAUUAAAGGACGUGCAAACACAUCUAUGGCAUAUUGUCAGAGAAUCUGCAAGUUUGGAAGUGUGGGCUGCUCGUCGGACUCUGGGCAUAGGAGUGGUGAUUUUAUGCGUGGUGUUGUUGGCUUCACCCGUGCUGAUGCUGCUAUUGCGGCACACAAUGUAUACACUGCAGAUAUUUACAGAAUCAAUCGAGCACAGCACCCAACAGCUAAUAGCAGAGAAGCAGAAGAGUGACCUACUUCUGUGUCGUAUGCUGCCCAUGCCAGUGCUGAGACGCCUCAGAGCACAGCGGACAGUACCCGCUGAAGCCUUCGACGCUGUUACCAUAUACUUCAGUGACAUCGUCGGCUUCACAAAUAUAGCUGCUAAUAGUACCCCCAUGGAGAUCAUCAAUAUGCUCAACAUGCUGUACAGUAUGUUCGAUGAUAAAAUAAUGCAGUACAACGUUUACAAGGUUGAAACGAUCGGUGACGCCUACAUGGUGGUUUCGGGACUACCUCAGAGAAAUGGCAAUCGCCAUGCGUCUGAAAUAGCAGACAUGGCACUGUCACUGAUGCGCAGCGUACAAGACGCUUGCGUGCCGCACCGGCCGGACGAGCCGCUCCGUAUACGUGCCGGUAUUAACACGGGCCCAUGUGUCGCCGGCGUUGUCGGCGCCACCAUGCCUCGAUACUGUCUGUUUGGAGACACCAUCAAUACAGCCAGUCGUAUGGAGAGUACGGGGGAAGCGAUGAGAAUACACAUAUCGCAGACAACGAAAGAAUCCCUGGACACGAUGGGCAAAUACAUUGUGGAGUCAAGAGGCAUCGUUGAUGUCCCGGGUAAAGGACCAAUGGAGACAUUCUGGCUCUUGGGUAAAGUGGGCACCACUCAAGCGGAGAGUCCACGGCAUCGUCUCCAAGACUACGACCAGAACAUUCUAGAAAUGCUAAUUAAAUAA